AUGCUGGUCUCGUCGAUCAUGGCGGGUGUCGCCAUGCUCCAGUUCGCCACGCCGGCUGCCGCCGACCCUACAUUCCCGGCCACCGUCGAAAUCGACCUUGUCUUUCCCCGCAACGGCUCCACGUUCCACCCCGGACCCAAGUUCCCUGUCGUGUUUGCCGUGCAAAAUGCGCCGGCCGCAGCCUCUCUCGACCUCUUCAUCGAAGUGCUGUUGCACAACUCGUCGCGCGGGCUCUUCCAUCUCGAACACCUGGCUGCACUGGACGCCAGCAACGCCAGCCACGCCGCGGCGUUUGCGCCCAAUGCGCCGUCGACGUUCUAUUGGCACUUUGCCACGGACAAGCUGCAGGGCACGACGGCGACAGACUGGACCAUCAGCUGGGCCAUUCUGGCGAGCAACUGCUCGUCGACCCCCGGCGCGGAGGACGACGGCGGCGACAACGACAGCGCCACCGAUGCCGGCAUCGUUUCGUUCUCGACCAACACAAACGCAGCCCCGCCCGACCUCGUGGCCGCGGCUGCCGCGGACGCCGCCAGCAACGAUUUGUGCUCGGCAAGCAGCAACGAGGCUGUGACAUACAACGUGACAGCCGUGCAGAACGUGUCGACGAUUGAGAGCAGCAGCGGGCAUGGAAAGCACGGCAAGCACGGUAAGAAUGGCACCGAAAACCGAACGGCACCGGCAUGCGCAGUGCUGCCGGCGCUGCGGCCCACGCCGAACCCGUGCGCGGCACGCCUCGACGCGGCCACGGCGUCCAACAUUGCGGCGGCCGUGAAUGCUUCGGUGGCGAGCAACUCAACGGAAUCCAAUGCACCCAAGAAGAACAGUGGCGCAGCGGCCUUGCUGGGCCGCCAGUCGUCGCUGCUGGAGUCGGCACUGCUGCUGGCGGCAGUCGGCUGGCUGAUGUAUCUGUAA